AUGAGCGGCCCGCCUGUUGUUCCUCCCGGGAACUCAAGUGCUCUCGUUACUAGUGCUGUCGAGUACCUGAGACUGACUUCGUUCAAAUUCCAGUUUAUCUCGUCCCGCGGCAACGAAUACUUCUGCGAAAUCGACGAGGAAUACCUGACCGAUCGCUUCAACUUGACUGGACUCAACACGGAGGUGCAGUACUACCAGUAUGCCCUCGAUCUGAUCACAGACGUCUUCGACCUUGAUGCGGACGAUGAGCUCCGUGAGCAGAUCGAGAAGUCUGCGCGUCACCUCUACGGUUUGGUGCACGCGAGAUACAUUGUGACUACGAGAGGUCUGGCUAAGAUGCUUGACAAGUAUAAGAAAGGCGACUUUGGAAAGUGCCCGCGUGUCGCGUGCGAACAACACCCUCUCCUCCCCAUGGGACUUUCCGACCUUCCCAACGUCAAGACCGUCAAGCUCUAUUGCGCCAAGUGCGAGGAUAUCUAUAACCCCAAGUCAUCUCGUCAUGCCUCGAUCGACGGCGCGUAUUUCGGCACUUCUUUCCACAACAUCCUGUUCCAGGUCUAUCCGUCUCUGAUCCCUGAGAAGAGCAUUCGUCGUUACGAGCCGCGUGUCUUUGGCUUCCGCGUCCAUGCCGCUGCAGCUCUCGCUCGCUGGCAGGACCGUCAACGCAGUGAGAUGAAAGCUCGUCUCCGCGCAGCUGGCGUUGAACCCGGAUUCGCUGAGGAAAGCGACGAGGAAGAUGAGGAGCUGGAAGACGACGAGGACAAGCCCAGCAGCAAGGACAGCAAGGUUCUGGGCGACACCGCUUCUGGCCGCAUGGAUCUCGGUAAUUGA